AUGCCCAGCCCAGACCAGAUUGCGUUGGAGUUCCGCACAUUUGUGCAAGCCCUCAAGGAGGACAAUGACCUGGUCGAAAUAAACGAGGAGAUUGAUCCAAACUUGGAAGUUGGUGCCAUCAUCAGGAGGGUCUGCGAGACCAACGACAAAGCACCAUUGUUCAACAACCUCAAAGGCAACGUCAAUGGCUUCUGGAGAAUCCUCGGUGCUCCAGCCUCGCUUCGGAGCGAUCCGAAGCAGACGUAUGGUAGAAUCGCUCGGCACCUUGGGCUCCCGGUGACUGCAAGCAUGAAAGACGUGGUGGACAAGGUCUUAUCUGCCAAAACGAAGUCGGCCAUCCCCCCUCGAAUUGUCAAGACUGGGCCAUGCAAGGAGCACAUCUUGUCCCCAGGCGAAUUCGAUUUGACCAAACUCCCGGCGCCAUUUCUGCACCAGUCUGACGGCGGCAAGUACAUCCAGACGUAUGGCAUGCACAUUGUGCAGUCCCCGGAUGGAAAAUGGACCAACUGGUCCAUCGCACGGGCGAUGGUGAAAGACGGCAACCACCUCGUCGGUCUGGUCAUCGAGCCCCAACACAUCUGGCAGAUUCACCAGAUGUGGAAGAAAGAAGGCAAGGAUGUGCCCUGGGCAUUGUGCUUUGGCGUCCCACCGGCGGCCAUCAUGGCGUCCAGCAUGCCGCUCCCCGAUGGCGUUUCUGAAGGUGGCUACGUGGGCGCCAUGACCGGAACAGCCCUGGACGUCGUCAAAUGCGAGACGAACGAUCUGUACGUUCCGGCCACCUCGGAGAUCGUUUUCGAAGGGACAUUGUCUAUCACCGAGACUGCGCCGGAGGGACCUUUCGGGGAAAUGCACGGAUAUGUGUUUCCAGGAGACACACACCCGUGGCCCGUGUACACGGUCAACAAGAUCACGCAUCGCACCGAUGCCAUCAUGCCAGUGUCGAACUGUGGGAGAAUCACCGACGAAACACACACGAUGAUAGGAACUUUGGCAGCGGCCGAGAUCCGUCAACUUUGCCAGGAAAACGGCCUACCGAUCAAAGAAGCCUUCGCACCUUUCGAGACGCAGGUGACCUGGGUGGCGCUUCAAGUUGACACCGUCGCCCUGCGACGCGGAAAGUGGACUCCUGCUCAGUUCAGGAAGACCGUCGGCGACUUGGUCUUCAACCACAAAGUCGGAUACACCAUCCAUCGCCUGGUCCUCAUCGGGGAUGACCUUGACGUUUACAAUUUCAAAGAUGUCAUCUUUGCAUUCAGCACCAGGUGCCGCCCCGACACUGAUGAGACCUUCUUCCAGGAAUGUCGUGGCUUUCCCUUGAUCCCGUACAUGUCGCAUGGAUCGGCAUCGCCUGUGAAAGGUGGAAAGGUCGUGUCAGACGCUCUACUCCCCGUAGAGUAUACUGAGGGCCGUAAUUGGGAGCUUGCCGAUUUCAAGCACUCGUACCCUGAGGCUUUACAGGAGAAGGUUCUGGGGAAGUGGCAGGCGUACGGAUUCUAG